AUGUCAGACCAAGAGGCUGAUGAUAAUUUCGAAGAAGAUAAUGAUUUUAUUAAUAAUGAUAAUUCCAAUUCACAAAGAACAACAUUUCAAGAUUUGGGUGUAAAUCAAUGGUUAAUUGAUUCUUUAAAAGCUAUGUCAAUAAAGUAUCCAAGUGAAAUACAAAAACAUUGUAUACCACCUAUACUAUCAGGUAGAAAUUGUAUAGGUGGAGCAAAAACAGGCUCAGGUAAAACUAUAGCUUUUGCACUUCCUAUUUUGCAAAAAUUAUCAGAAGACCCAUAUGCAGAUCAAUUUAAAGUAUUAGGUAAAAGUAUAAAUCUUAAAAGUAGUGUAAUAGUAGGUGGACUUGACAUGAUGAAUCAAGCAAUUGAAUUGUCAAGAAAACCACAUAUAGUGAUUGCCACACCAGGACGUUUAGUAGGUCAUAUAAAUAAUAGUGGUGUAAAAUCAAAUCUUGCUAGAAUUAAAUUUUUGGUUCUUGAUGAAGCAGAUUUUUUAUUAACCGAUACAUUUACAAAAGAUCUUAAAAUUAUAUUUGAUUCAAUACCUGAAACUCGUCAAACAUUAUUAUUUACAGCAACAAUGACAGAAAAUAUUCUAGAAUUAAAAAAUUCCCCAAAAAAUCCUUUUAUUUAUCAAGUAAAAUCAAGUAUUUCAACAGUGUCAAAACUUUUACAAUAUUAUAUAUUCAUACCAUCACAUGUAAAAGAGCCUUAUUUAAUUUAUUUAUUAAGAUCAAAAAUUAAUGAUGAACUUUUAUCAAAUAAAUCAGUAAUAAUAUUUUGCAAUCGUUGUCGAACAGCAGAAAUGUUAAGAGUGAUGUUGAUAGAAUUAGGAUUAAGAUGUACAAGUUUACAUUCUACCAUGAGUCAACAAGAAAGAUUAAAUAGCUUGGGAAAAUUUAAAGCUGAAGUAAUUAAAAUAUUAAUAUCUACAGAUGUUGAUCCAACUGAUUACAUUCAUAGAGUUGGCAGAACUGCAAGAGCUGGUAGAGGUGGAUUGGCAAUAUCAAUUAUGACUGAACAUGAUAUAAAAUCAAUUCAUAAUAUUGAAAAUAGAAUAAAAGAGUGGGAAAUCAAUGAAAAUAAAGUAAUCGAAACAUUAAAUGAAGUAUCUGCUGCUAAACGUGCUGCUAAUAUGCAACUUCAUGACACUAAAUUUGGAGAAAUUAAAGAAAUUCAGAAAAAGAAGAGAGAGAUAGAAAAUGGUAGUUAUGAUGAUAAUAAGAUUAAUAAUAAAAAAGUAAAGAAAGUUAAUAAAUCUAAAGAAGGCACUAAUAAAUACAAUGAAGAAUCAAAUGAUCCUAAUGUACUAGAAUUUUGGGAUUUAGUUAAAAUCACAAUAAGUAAUUAUUCAUACAUUGAAGCCUUACGUAGUUUAUCAAAGCUACAAUAUAAGGAGGAUGUUAAUCUAGUAACACGAAUAAUUGCAGGAAAUAUCAAAAAUACAAAGCUAAUAAAAAAUGAUCCACUUUUGUCAGGGAUUAUUGAUGUAAUAUUUUUACAGAGUAAUAUUGUUAGUGAAUUAAAGAUGGGAAAUGUUUUUGAUGACGUAAAUCAAGGCUUAUCUAUUGAUGAUCUUCCAGAUGGAUUAGAGGAGUUCAACAGAGAAUACAUGAAUAAGAAUGAACGCUAUAACAUACCUGAAAAAUAUUUUGAAUCAGAAUUUUUUGAUUUGUUUAUUACAUGCAGGAAUUUUGUAUCUCAUUUCAUAGGAAUAAAAAAAAUAAGAAUGUACUCUAGAAAUGAAGAAAUACUAGAAUCCACAUGGUCUCAUGAUGGAAUAAAUCCAAUCACUCGGCUAAUAUUUUAUGAUAUUUAUGACUUGACUUAUCAAUGGCAAGUCUUUAAAUAUUGUUAUUCUCUAUUUAUUUUAUAUGAUCUCUUAUUGUUAUUCAUAAAUUUUCAUAGGGACAAUAACAUGAGUGAGGCUACAAGAGAAAGAAACGAUGAUACAAAUGGCCCAUGGAAAAAGCCUGACCUACAUGGUUACAUAUUUGGAAAAUUUUUAAAUUGGGAAAUAUGUUAUGGUGAAAUCAGUAAUGGUCUGAGAAAAAGAAACACAAGCUGUACUGAUCAUAUAAAAAAUGAUCACAAUAAAUUACUAAAGUUUGCUAAAGAUGGUUGGGAUAAGAUGAUAAAUUCAUUCAAGAAUAAACCCACUGAUAUUAAUUUUUUCUACUCUUUAGGAACCAUCGUUGAAAUUUUCAUUGUGGAUAGGAAAUAUUAUCCCUUACAUAGAGCUCGUAGACUAUGUUGUAUAUAUAUACCAUUGGAUGAUAACAAUGAAUCAUUUACAGAGACAAUUAUUUCACUAAUCUGCAUCAUAUAUUCAGUAAAUCAAAGAUUGAAAAAAUCACUAAAUAUCAUAAAUGAGAUAGAACAAACAUCAUUUCAGGAAUUACACAACGUUGAAAAGAAUGAUUUAGUUACAAUUCUUACUUAUGAUAGUGAUUGA